AUGGAAACGAAAGGACGGGAACAAGAUGCUGUGUUCCUGAUUUUGUACAAGGAGUUGUAUUACAGACACAUCUAUGCUAAAGUCAGUGGUGGCCCAACCCUGGAACAAAGAUUUGAAUCUUAUUACAAUUACUGUAAUCUCUUCAACUACAUUCUUAAUGCAGAUGGCCCAGCUCCUCUAGAACUACCCAAUCAGUGGCUCUGGGAUAUUAUAGAUGAAUUUAUAUAUCAGUUUCAGUCCUACAGUCAGUAUCGCUGCAAGACUGCGAAGAAAUCUGAGGAAGAAAUUGAUUUCUUGAGGUUAAAUCCUAAGAUCUGGAAUGUCCACAGUGUUCUUAAUGUGUUAUAUUCCAUAGUGGACAAAUCCAACAUCAACAGGCAACUGGAAGUCUAUACCAGUGGAGGUGAUCCUGAGAGUGUUGCUGGAGAAUACGGUCGUCAUUCUUUAUAUAAGAUGUUGGGCUAUUUUAGCCUUGUGGGCCUGCUGCGCCUCCAUUCAUUGCUGGGUGAUUAUUAUCAAGCCAUCAAGGUUCUGGAAAAUAUUGAGCUUAACAAGAAGAGCAUGUACUCACGAGUGCCAGAAUGCCAGGUUACCACCUAUUACUAUGUUGGUUUUGCAUACUUCAUGAUGCGACGCUACCAAGAUGCAAUCCGUGUCUUUGCUAAUAUUCUGCUUUAUAUUCAGAGGACCAAGAGCAUGUUCCAGAGAACAACUUACAAAUAUGAAAUGAUUAACAAGCAAAAUGAGCAGAUGCAUGCUCUUCUGGCCAUUGCUCUUGCCAUGUAUCCAAUGCGUAUUGAUGAAAGCAUUCACCUGCAGCUCAGAGAGAAAUAUGGGGAUAAGAUGCUACGGAUGCAGAAGGGAGACCCCCAGGUAUAUGAGGAGCUGUUCAGCUAUUCUUGUCCCAAAUUUGUUUCGCCCGUAGUACCCAACUACGACAAUGUGCAUCCCAAUUAUCAUAAGGAACCAUACCUGCAGCAAUUGAAGGUCUUUGCUGAUGAAGUCCAGCAGCAAGCUCAGCUGUCCACCAUUCGCAGUUUCCUAAAACUGUACACUACUAUGCCUGUGACUAAACUGGCUGGCUUCUUGGACCUCACAGAGCAGGAAUUCUGCAUCCAACUGCUGGUCUUCAAACACAAAAUGAAAAACCUGGUCUGGACAAGUGGCAUCUCCGCCUUGGAUGGAGAGUUCCAGUCAGCUUCUGAGGUGGACUUCUACAUUGACAAGGACAUGAUCCAUAUUGCAGAUACAAAAGUUGCUCGGCGCUAUGGGGAUUUCUUCAUCCGUCAGAUUCAUAAGUUUGAAGAGUUGAACCGUACCCUGAAGAAGAUGGGCCAGAGACCUUGAAACUCUUCUUGCAUCAGCUAUUUGCCCUAUUUUGAAGAGGGCAAGCCUGGAAGAAAUAUGAGCUAAGAAUUUUGGAAUUUUCUGUAAUCUCUGCAAUUUUUUCUUGGACAGCAGAUGGCUGUGCUCAUACAAAAAAACCUAGAAGGUCUAAUUAAAUAAAUGACAUUUAUUUGUG